AUGUCUCUGCGAAAGCUAGCGAGUUCUCUUAGCAAAAACAAGGACAAGUCGCGUGGAACGAGCAGCUCGUCGACCGCGUCCUGGUCUCCCUCAAACUCACGAUCCCACACUCCCCUAGCAUCGUCGGUCUCACUUCCAGACUCUGCUUCGACUUCAAGUCUACAAAGAUACUCUUCUGCUUCAACAUCGACACAUUCGCAGCACUCUACCGGCUCUACUUACAAUCCCAAUCAGACCCCGCUUCGGAUCGUCGCUCCGUUUGCGACCAUUGCUCCUCCCGAGGCACGCGAAUCGACGUCUUCGCUUGGGAGUAAUGAGACGCGCGAUUCUGAGACAGCAACGCUACGCCUCAAGCGGUCGCUCACCAAGUUGUUGUCUCCCAAGGACUCGGAGUCCACAUUUAGCCCAUCGUAUACAGGGCCUGCACCAGUCAUCAAGUUAAAGGAAGGGACCAGGUCACGAAAAGGCUCGAUACAAGGGAGUGAUGGCCAGAGCGACGCGUCGUUUUUCAACGAUCCAAAUGCGUCCACCUCACGCUCGAGUACAUCGACCAGCAGCACAAAACGGCUUGUCUCGUGGAUUGGUCAGAGUAAUAUGGCGAAAAAAGUGCAAGACGCGCUCAAAAGCAACAAUGGAUCGACCAGCUCGCUUCCAGUCAGCCGUCCUCCCAUGGGUGGCAGAAUCUCAGGCGAGUACCACGACGACGAAGAUGAUCGUUCUUCAAUCUCUUCUGCCGCCUCGUUCGUACAAAAUGCCCCCGAGGAUGACUUUUCCCGUAUCCUGUCCGAACCAGACAUUCCAGCAAUGCAGAUGAAUCAAGCGCCUUUUCAGAUACCCGCUGAAGUAUAUCUCCCUCGGUCCCACACAAACUUGCAUGCUUUGACGUUGGCAUCGCUCGCGUUUCCCCCUUCUCCUCAUCCUCUUCUCUACAAUCCGCAUCUCCCAGCCUUUCCUCGGUCCUCUAAUCCGCCAUCCAAAUUACCUCGGUUACCCACAUUUCGUGCACAUCUCGCCAAGACACGGAUCCUUGAUCGCCUAGAGGCGCAAAACCUCACACAUGCGGAAAACGAAUCAAUUUUACCCUUUGGAAGAAAGGAACAAACGACUACAGGUAAUAAUAAUCAGCCGGUUCUCACCGAAGGAGAGCAAGAAGAAGGGCGCAAAAUCAAUGAUAGCCCCGGCCAAAGCGUUGGCCUGGAGGCGUGGACACGACGACCGCCAUUCAUGCAGCGCGCGCGUGUCUGGCAAUAUGAUAGCUCCUCGGGCACACGGUUCAAAUCUGGUGAUGGUGACGACAUUCGGUACGAGGCCAUUUCGCACAGCAGAAACCUCCGGACCGAACUCAAGUUUACUGGGGGUAUCCGAGCCCUCGCUGGUCUCGUCAUGGCUCGUCCAGAUUCGCGCGAGCUCCCAGACCUUCCGGUAUCAGCUCCUCCAUCAAUCUCGGCGCUGUCCCCCGCGCCCAUUAUCGCGCCGCCGUCCAUCGUUGAAUCCAUUUCGCCACGCAGUCUCAAUUCCUCGCUGGUGAUUGAUGAGUCUAUGCUCAUUGAUCCGUCGGAGGCUGUUCCUCAGUUUACGCACUCCACGACGGCUAUCGCGCUACUUCCCACUCCAUCCCCUCGUCCUUUGCCUUCGAUCCCCUCGUUGACGGAUGUUCAGACUAUACCCUCUGGCAUCAACAAUGGGCAGCGAACAGAACUACCAGACGAUGGCUCGCCUAUCAUCCCCGUCCGACCACUGCCUCCACGCCCAAGGCCGCUUCCUGUACCUCCCGUUGCCGUGUCGACGCCCAGUCCUCGUGUUUCUAUCGACGAGCUCGAAUCGAUAGAUGGUCCAGUCGUUGCUCUUCAUACUAUCGACAACUCAGCAUCCCAAACACAGUUUCUCUCUCCACCGAGCUCCGCCCAUGGACACACUGUCAUGUCUCAUUCACAGACCAAUGGACCGUCGUCCUCGACAAUCACGUCGGCUCCCAAUACCCCGCUUGACCCUCUUGAUACAGAGAGCGUGCGCCGGUUGAGCAUUGGAUCCAUGAGCAUCAUAAUGCCUGCUCCGAGUAUCUUCUCCCUGGAGGAGAUGGAUGGUUUGGAAGCAACGAGCCCACACGAUUUGGAUAAUCGACGACGCAGCGUCGUUAGCCUGAAGAUGAGCGUCCACAAGCGUCUCUCCAUGGCGUCACGUGCCUCCCGCGCGUCGUCACCUUCGAUCCGCAACCAUCCGCUACCACCCGUGUCCGAGUCAUCCCGUCACUCAGAAUCCUCGCAUUUCUCGUCUCGACACACACCAAAUGGCUCCGCUACUCCGUCUAUGGAAAAGCUUCAGCGCCGAACAAAUCCAAGCAUGAGUUCAUUGUCGUUUGAACCUUCGGAGCCCCAGGAGCAGAAUACGAGCAUACCUUCGAGCCCAGUGGUUGUCGUCGAACCUUUGCAACCAGUUAUCGAGAAUGUCAAAGGAGAGGAGCAGGCCCGUUUGGAACCAUCCCCGAUGUCGGAAGAGAUUGAUCCUUUCAUCUUGCAAAAGCAGAGUAUAGGGGGAUUGUCUGACACAAAAUUGGAGUUGGUUCUGAACGGAAAGCCCUCUCCAAUUAUCACCAAUGCAGAAGUAACUCGCUUGCUGUCACCCGAACUUCCCCAUCUUUCGCUCGCGACUACAGACUUGCCUACUUCGGCCGGACUCAAGACGGACCAGAGGUCCAUCGGCGCAGGUAGUCCCCCUGGAGGCUCCGUUCAGUCACCUUCGACAUCGGACUCUGCUGGUUUGAGUGACUCUGCUGCGCCAGUCAGAUUUGUCAAACUCAAGCGCUCUGGAUCGCAGAUGGCGAGCGAGACCAGUCUAGGAAAUGGUUCGCCUUCUAGCGCGGGUACUGGACGUUCCCUGCAACGAGCAUUGAAGGAUCCGUCCAAGUUUUGGCCGCAUAAUCGUCGCGUGGAUGAGGAAGGCGAACAAUCAACGUCUGGAGAGCCAUGUAUCAUGGCUCGCACGUCCUUUGCGGAAGAGAGGAAGAGUUUGGUUGAACCGUCGGAAUCCAUGUCCUCGAGUGCGCCUUCGCGUGUGAGUGGGUCUCAAGGCUCGGAUAAGGCGGGAACCACGUCUCUUUCCGGAGACAUGGAACUCACCGACGCCACGCAACCCGCGAUGAAUCACGACGGGGAUGAUCCGCUCACCUCUCUCCCUCUCUCCAUCGCUUUGGACGUUGCAAGAUUAUCGGAUACCAGCAGGCUAGAUCUCACUCUUUUCAAUUUCCAGUCUACUAGCGAUGCACCUCGCUCCUCAAUCUCCUCCCACCUCUCCGAGAGUGAGACGGCAAGAGCAGCGUCGGUCAAGGAGAUUGCGGCUAAUAUGUCUGUACUUCCUUCAACACCGACUGGACGGCUCACGACGCAAACGAGACACCAUCGCACUCACUCCAAUGAGCGUGCGGCACGAAUUGAGGCGCAUCUCAAUAGUGUUUCAUCUUCACGUAAUAGGCCUUCGACGGCACCACAACGGCGCCCCGAUUUCCUCCCGUACCCGGGCACACGCCCACAUCCGAACGGUGGGCCACACCUCAUGCGUCAGUCGAGUGAAGACAGUCUUGGAGGUAGCUUGCGGGGGUAUGCAAGUGACUCCUACGACGCCGAAAUGUCUGGAGAUGACCCAAUGACACCACCUCCAAACGGAUCCUUUGUCAUGCGUGGGCCACCGCCACCAUCGAGGUGGGCCAGUCCCGACUGGAGGCGACCGUCGAAUACGUUGCCAUUGCCGUCUGCAUCCAUCUUGCCGUCUGCAACACGACCCGUACCUGCUGGAAGGGCACUCAAUAGGACAGGAUCGAUCAUGUCUUCGAGUACACCUGCAAUCUUGAGGGGUACGGCUCACUCACAAUCUCAUACCGUUCGUGGGCGGACGUUACGGAUGUAA